CAGAAGAGGGCGGCCGAACUCUCAGGAGAACCGACCGAGCCGAGGAAGAAAGCAAAGACCUCGGCUAAGACCUCGACGAAGACCUCGACGACCACAGCAGUUGAGGCGCACGCCUCUCGCCCCGUGCGCCCUGAGGCUGGUCGGGGAGAGGGCGUGGGCUCUGGUGGAGCCACGACGGCACUUCCAUGUCCGGUGCCGAUUUCGCAAGUCCCUGGUCGGCGGGAAGCUCCAAAUUCUGACCAGGGAGGGAGGACCUCAACAGAUCUGGCACUCGCACGCCCCACCUCUACCACGCAGCGGUCCGGUCAGACGUCUACUCGACCCCAAUUCCCCAGCUCUGAGCCGGGGAAUAGCCAAGAAGCAACGGGGUUGGCCGCACCCAGGCCAGCUGAGGCUGGUCUGGCGGGUUCUUCGGGUCCUCAGGAGCGGGUGCCUUACGCUCCUGGAUGGGCUGUUUUCGAGGGCGACUCGGCCCUCGAUAAUGCACAAGUGGCGCGCGAAGUUCUUCGGGUCGCGCUGCUCCCGGCCGACCAGGCCAAAAUUCGGUCCAUGAACUACGGCGAGUUCAUGGACUCCGCUAUUUGCUCUUCCAUCCGACGCCUCCACGAGACCGAGACGAUGAUUCACAUCAUCCAGGACUAUCGGGACCGGGCCCGAAGGCAUCAAAGGGGGCGCGAGGAGGCCGAAACAAAGUUCCUCGCGUCUGAGGCCGAGCAGAAAGUGCUUCAAGCGAAGCUAGGGGCGGCCGAAGACGAGGUUCGGACUCUGGUCGCCGAACUUGAAGAGGAGAAGGGCGCGCACUCUUUGACUAUGUCUGAAGUGCGCGCCGCGGAGGCCCGCCGGACGGAGGCCGAAUCGUCGCUCGCUAUACGCGAGCAGGAGGUGGGGGAGGCUCGAAUAAAGGUCCGAGAUCUCGAGAUCCGUCUACUUGACGUGCAAUCUCUGCUCGCGGAUCGCGAGAGAGAAAUAAAGAUUUUGGAGCGGAAGGCCGCCUACCACGAGGCUCGAGAGGAGGCCCGGGAGCAGGCCCAGGACGCCGUCAAGCUCUUCCGCGAAUCGGAAGAGUUUCGCGACUUGAUGGAAGAGGAAGGCGUCAAUGGUCUCAUCCAGGGCUUCAAGGACUUCCGCAAUCAGUUGCGGCGACUUCUCCCAGAUUUCGACCUUAGCCUGCUUCAACCAGGCGCUGGGGUCGAAAACCCAGAAGCGGAGGCGGAGGUAGAGGUUCCAACCUCUGGCGGGACCGACCAGGAGGAUCAAGCUGAAGAAGGCGAGAUCGCUCUCGAGGUCACCGAGGCAGCUCCCAAAGCCACCGUGGGGGCCUCGGCCGCAGAAGAGCCAACUAUUCCUGAAGUCGCCGGGCCUGGGCCCUUGGUGUAGUUUUCCCCUUUUUCCUAUCUUCCUUUUCUUUUUUGUAAGCCGGAGCGGCCUCUAUACUUUGUUAAGGCCGGGUCCGAGCUCUUGUACUAGGCCUCCGGGCUUUUUGAAAUGAAUAUUCAUUUGUGUGGAAAUUCGUCUAUUGUAGUUUAAACAAGUUUCUCUGCUCGGAUCUGUUUUAGGUUCCGAGGAUAUGGGCUCUAGGGCCUGAGCUUUUCCCGCCACAGGGUUGAGUUAGAGUUUGGCUUGCCGAGCUCCAUUGCUCGGUUCUUCGACUAAUGGUGUAGCAACGCUUGUGCUUAUACAAGGGUUUGGGCUCGGAACGUUUUUCCGAGCCUAGUCCAGAAUUCGACUAAGCCCUAGGGCGGUCGUUAGGACUUGGGACUUCUUAAUGCGACGAAUUUCAAAUCCGGGCCUCGGGUUGCCGGGGCGAACCGGAUUCUUUUCUUACAAAUGGACUGCAUACCCGUCAGCCCGUGACGGAAAUUCACCGGACUUGCAACAAUGUGUCGGUGUCAUGAGCAUCCAAUAAUGGGUAAUGUAAAAACAUUAAAUAAAUGGGUACUUU